UACAAUCCAAGCGCGCCAAUUUUGAAUUCGCCAGACUUGCCUCUUGAAAAUCGCGCAGCUUGUUUUUCGGCAUGUUUCGGCCCGAAGGACAGGCGGCCAAGAUGAUUUUGGCCAAGCUGAAGAGCCUCCUGCAGGAAAGGUACACCACCCUUGCUGUCAGGGUGCAGUCUAUCGUUCAGGGUCAAAGUACUUCGGCCGGAGGAGCGGCCGUGAACGCCAAACUCGAGUCGGCCAGAGAGUGGUACGAACAGUUCACGGGCAUCGACGAGGUCCGCAGGGCCCAGGAGAAAGUCGUUCAGUCGGAAUCGAAAUUCAUAUCUGCACAAGAGGCUCGGAGAGAUGCGAACAAAAAACUGAGCGAAGUGGACAAUAAAUUGAGACAGGUUUACGGAGAGCUGGAGAGGACCAGAAGAGGAGAGGACAGAUACAUUUUCCUUGUCACUCAAGAAAACACGUUGAUUAAAGAGAGAGAUAUUUUGGGCACCCACUUUCAGAGGAUAGAACAAGAAGAAAGAGAAAACUUUUCCUCUCUGUCCUCGGCCAUAAAGGAGUCGCACGAGAAGGAGCGUCUUCAGGCCGAAAGAACAAAGUACUGGUCAAUAAUCGCUUCGAUUGUCUGCACGUCCCUCGGCUUCAUCUUCAGCACCGUAAACAGUCGUUACAGAAUGAACCAGUUCAGGAGUAUUUUGAGCGACGCUGUGACCAACGAAGAAAAGCUAGCUCUGGUGGUCAGCGAUAAACUUGCGGAAAAAGUAGUCAAGGAGCUGCAAAUGCAGAGCUCGGUAGCAGGGAAGGUUACGGAAAAACCAACAGACACUUUGUCAAAGGAGGAGUUGCGGUCGUUUUAUCAGGGCCUUUUGUCAUCCUUGGAAAAAGAAAGGGUGGAUAGAGAAAAUUUUGUAAUUAGAAUUGCUAUGUCCACGGGGGCAGCGUUUAUAAUAUAUAAAUUAUUUUUUUGAUUUAGCAUUUUGCAAAUUUUGAUAUUAUGAAAAAUUGCUUUGUUAGCACAAACUUUUCUUGUUUUAGUCCGACAAAAUGCGAAAGUACCGCAGCUGUGAUGACGAACAGCAAAACUAAUUGUGAUUUUAAUUCUAGGGAUGUAUUGUUAAAUAAAAUGAAACUUCACUGAGUUGAUAUUUGUAUGAAAUAAUGUUU